GCGGGCCGCACCGGAAGUGGCGGCUGGUACGCGGGGAUGGCGGUGGCUGCGGUGAUGACGGCGGCGGGCUGCGGAGGGGCUGGGGCAGCUCGCUCCCUCUCCCGCUUCCGCGGCUGCCUGGCGGGCGCGCUGCUCGGGGACUGCGUGGGCGCCGUGUACGAGGCGCGCGACACCGUCGACCUGACGUCAGUCCUGCGUCGGGUCCAGGACCUGGAGCCGGACCCCGGCUCGCCGGGGAGCGCGCGGACAGAAGCACUGUGCUACACAGACGACACAGCCAUGGCCAGGGCGCUGGUGCAGUCCCUGCUGGCCAAGGAGGCCUUCGACGAGAUGGACAUGGCGCACAGGUUUGCUCAGGAGUACAAGAAGGACCCUGACCGGGGUUAUGGUGCUGGAGUGAUCACCGUCUUCAGGAAGCUCCUGAGCCCCAAGUGCCGUGAUGUCUUCGAGCCUGCCCGGGCCCAGUUUAAUGGCAAAGGCUCCUACGGCAACGGGGGCGCCAUGCGGGUGGCCGGCAUCUCCCUGGCCUAUAGCAGUGUCCAGGAUGUACAGAAGUUUGCCCGGCUCUCGGCCCAGCUGACACACGCCUCCUCCCUGGGUUACAACGGUGCCAUCCUGCAGGCCCUGGCUGUGCACCUGGCUUUGCAGGGUGAGUCGUCCAGUGAGCACUUCCUUGAACAACUCCUGGGCCACAUGGAGGAGCUGGAGAGUGAUGCCCAGUCUGUGUCAGAUGCCCGGGAGUUGGGCAUGGAGGAGCGUCCGUACUCCAGCCGACUGAAGAAGAUUGGGGAGCUUCUAGAGCAGGACUCAGUGAGCAGAGAGGAGGUGGUGUCCGAGCUAGGGAAUGGCAUUGCUGCCUUUGAAUCUGUGCCCACCGCCAUCUACUGCUUCCUGCGCUGCAUGGAGCCCGACCCCGAGAUCCCCUCUGCCUUCAACAGCCUCCAGAGGACUCUCAUCUAUUCCAUCUCACUUGGUGGGGACACAGACACCAUUGCCACCAUGGCCGGGGCCAUUGCUGGUGCCUACUAUGGCAUGGAACAGGUGCCAGAGAGCUGGCAGCAAAGCUGUGAGGGCUAUGAGGAGACUGACGUCCUGGCCCAGAGCCUGCACCGGGUCUUCCAGAAGAAUCUGUGAGGGCCACAGCUCCGCCAUACCCAGCAGGACCAACUACAGCUCGGACUGGAAACCCUGGGCUCCCUUAGGCUUGGCUCCCUGCCUCGGCCUUCCUGCGGUGUGGCCGGAGUGCACCCUUGGGGCUGGGGACUCCUCUGGGGAGGUCACUGAACAGUGAGGGAGGGACGGGUGCCUUCUGGUGCUGGGUUCCUGGCUUCUGCAGAGCCUCGGUGCUCCUGGCUCCUCAGUCAGACAUAAGGGACCGGGGCAGGUUUUAUUUUGGAGCAGUACUUGUGGUGUUUUCCUUUAUUAUCUAGGACAUGGGAUUUGGGGAGGUGGAAAUGAUCUGCGGCAUCGUUUCUCCUUGUUGGGAUUUAACCAGUUUGCCAGGAUGCCUGCCUUUGACUGCACAGGGCCCCAAGCGCCAAGUUUAUAUGGAUCAGGAGGUGGACACGUGAAUCUAGCUGAUCUAGAUGCACACCUGGCCCUUGGCUGUCAUGGGUCUUGUUAACAGCUUCCCGACGAAGUUACAGAGCAAUAAACAGUUCUUUAAAUCCCA